CUUCUUUUUUACCCAUGCAAUGUCUUUAUUUUUUUUUCUUCUCGCAUUCUCUUUUGUUCCCUUUUUUUGGUUUUUUUUCUGUAUGUUUAUGACGGCAAAGGAUGACAAGUUCUGAGAGGUAUUCAGGGAUGGCGAUUUGCCACUUGGGAAUUGACAAAAGGCGGGAAGAUACCCAGGACGUUACUAUGACUAUCAAGAUACUAUCGAAGCUGAACUACGCUGCAUUCGCUAAUGAUUUCUUAAUCUUUUCCCCUCCCUAUUUCAGUACGAAAGACUAUACUCCCCAACUGUGAAUCGUAGUGUCCAAAUCUGCAAGGGCUGAAAGGACUCAAUCUAUGCGGGGGUAUCA